AGUCAGUGCGGAACCAGUUCUGAACCGGAGCGCAGCGAACGACCUGACGUGAAAAAGUGUAUCACAUAACAAUUUUUAUUAAUUUGGAACGUAAAUUGUGGCUCCGUCGAGACAGGAGUGCUGGCUUGGGACAAACGAAUCUGGAGGAGUGGUGUAAGGAGUGAACGCCAGGGGAGAGCACUCCAAACCCACCAAACGAAUUGAUAUCGACAUCCCCCCCCGCAUGCGAUUGAUUGAUUGAGAGCACGAGACCACGAGUUCUUGGGACGAUGCACUCAUCACUCAACUGGACCUCACGCCUGAUCUCGCGCGCCCUGCGCAGCAGUUUCUCCACCCUCCUGGAGACGGCCACGGGCGGAGGUGGAGGGGCUGCAGCCAAAUCAGGAGCCACCAAAUCGGGAGCAGCAGCAGGGUCCUCGGGAUGCCCUCGACCUCGUUUCGUGUCGGUGGUUUGCGGUUUUGCCAAGGACAACCUGCGACACAAGUACAAACCGGGAAAGUACGGAGAGGAUUCUUGGUUUAAGGCCUCAACAGAGAGCGCCGAUGUGAUGGGCGUGGCAGACGGCGUGGGCGGCUGGCGAAGCUAUGGCAUUGAUCCCGGCGAGUUCUCCUCUUUUUUAAUGCGCACCUGUGAGCGACUUGUGCAAUGUAGCCACUUUAACCCCCAGCGUCCGGUUAAUCUGCUGGCCUAUAGCUACUGCGAGCUGAUGGAGCAAAAAAAGCCCAUCCUAGGCAGCAGCACCGCCUGCGUCCUAAUCCUGAACCGUGAGACGAGUACCGUGCACACGGCCAACAUCGGCGACAGCGGCUUUAUUGUGGUGCGGCAGGGCCAAGUAGUGCACAAGUCGGAGGAGCAGCAGCACUACUUUAACACACCCUUUCAACUAUCGCUUCCGCCUCCCGGACAUGGUCCGAAUGUCCUCAGUGACAGUCCGGAGUCGGCGGACACCAUGAGCUUCCCAGUGCGGGACGGCGACGUGAUCCUCAUUGCCACCGACGGUGUGUUCGACAACGUGCCAGAGGAUCUGAUGCUGCAGGUGCUCAGCGAGGUGGAGGGCGAACGGGAUCCCGUCAAGCUGCAGAUGACGGCCAACAGCCUGGCGCUGAUGGCGCGCACCUUGUCCCUCAACAGCGAGUUCCUCUCGCCCUUCGCCCUCAGCGCCAGAAGGAAUAACAUCCAGGCGCGAGGUGGCAAGCCCGAUGACAUCACCGUUGUCCUGGCCACCGUGGCGAUGUGAGAGUGGUGCCCCCAAACCAUCCUCCCUAGUGAUUAAUGUUUACUUGUAGUCCGUACGUGUUUAGUUAGCUUUAGGAGCCUGUUCCGUGGUUCUGUCUACCGUUUAAGCUGCAUGUUGAGAUUGAGAUUGUGGACGAGGAUGACGACCGACGACCCUUUGACCCUUUGAAUUGUUAGUUACAUAUAUACGAGCAAACUCAUUUUCGAACCGACGAACAUUGACGCAUCCUGGUGAGCGACCCCCGCCUUGAUUGUAUACAUAACCCUCGCUAUAAGUAGAAAAUGCGAAUUAUCUGCCCGGACGAUGACUGUCGUCAGUGGCAAUUCUAAUCACUAAUCAACACAAACAAUAAACAAACAACCGAUUGCGAAACAAACCCCGACGCCGAGGAUCGGGCAUGAAUACGAGUCCAGGGUCCGGAUGGUGGACCCGACGCCGGAGUGAAGCGAGUCGAGUGCAGCUAUUUGACUGAGGACUGAGGAUUAGCCAUUUACCCAGGCGAACUGUCUUUAAACAAUUUUUGUCGAAAUGUACUCACUGAUAUUUGCGACCCAAAUAAAAUUAUUCAUUGAAAAAACAACGAAA